AUUUUCUCUGCUCCCCUAAACGCGUCGUGCUCUAGCUGCACAGAAGCGCAAGCAACCUCCUGUCCUCGGUCGCUCUCGUUCACUACCCGCCCCGCCGUACUGCCUCCCGAUGUCGCCGGACCCGCCGAAACCGCGCUGCCGCGGCAGCGACGACGACGAUUGCCCCUCUCCUCCAUCAUCCGACCGCAACCGGCACCUGGUCACCCCGCUCGUGGUCACCGCGUUCGUCCUCGUCUUCCUCUCCCUCGCGUCCCUGUCCAUCUACUGCUUCGUCCGCCGCAGGAGGCGCCGUCGCCGGCAGCAGUCCCUUCUCGCCGCCGAGGCUGCCAACCCCGGCGUCCAAGGCGACGGCCCCGCGCCCGAGAUGGCUGCCGCUGCGACCGCGACCGACGUCGAAGGGGGCGCUCCAGGCCCAGAGGAUGAAGAAGUCGUGCACCACGCGUGGCACAUCCGCACCGUGGGGCUGGAUGAGGCGGCGAUCGAGUCCAUCGCCCUCACGCGGUACCGCGCCGGCGCGGGCACGACGUUGGGCGGCGCCGCCGACUGCUCCGUCUGCCUCGGCGAGUUCCUGGACGGCGAGCUCCUCCGGUUGCUCCCCAAGUGCGGCCACGCGUUCCACGUCCCCUGCAUCGGCACCUGGCUCCGCGCCCACGUAAACUGCCCGCUCUGCCGCGCCGACGUCGUCGUCUUGGACUCGGCGGCCACCGCCGGUUCGGAUCCACCUGCCGACGACGCUCACCAGGUUUCCAGCGGCACCGAAACCUCGAAUCACGAGCUGCCGGGUCCGGCUCACCGGCAGAAUGAGGAGCAGGACCUGCGCGUACAGAUCGAUCGCCGCAACCGGUCGAGGUCGCCGGAGCCACCGCGCAGGAGGAUGCAGAAUUUUCGUCGCGUGGCUUCCAUGGACUCGUCGGUGGUGUCCGCCCGGGCCGGGCUGGUUCCUCAAGACAAGCGGAGCAGUACAGAAAACCAGGGGAACGGCGAGGUGCCAUCGGGCUCUGGGCGUUUGCCGCAUGUGUCCGGCGGUGGCCGGUGGUCUCUCGUCUCGCGACAUCGCCGGACGAGCAGUUCCUUGCUCCCGUCUUGACUGCCCGGAAAUAUUCCAUGGGCCGCGAGAGCUCGUUCGUGUGCUUGAGCAGUGCCGGUGCUAUGGUUAUGCUUCAGUGUACAGAGGUUUUGCAAACUCAGAAUGCACGGAUCAUGUGUGAAAUUCAGAUAUAAUGUCGGAACUUUGUUUUUUGAGAGAGACUCGGAGACUGUUGGUCUGCUGCCAUGCCAGGCCGUUGCGGUCGCCAAUCAUCCCUCCUAGACUUUUUAGAGAUUUUAAUAUGAACUACGUAUAUAUAAA